CUGAAUCUCUCAAUUGUUCCUCGAAAUGUUCUCCGUUAUUGCUUCAUCAUCUCAGCACGUUCAUGUGAACCUUCAGAAAACUUGAGGGUGGCCCUUUCAAAAUUCGACCAGGUGCGGCUGCUGGCUUCGACGCUCACCCUCAAGCAGUACGGACCUGGUCUCUGCGGUCUUGCUGCGUUUUUCGCUGUCAUCAAAUGGUACAGCAAGGCGGCCAAAGCCUCGCGAUCAAGGGCCAUCGUAACGAAAAGCGGUCGGCCUUCUUCGAAGGACAGAGCCCAUGUGGAUGGAGCAUUUAUCAAGAAACUCUGGCGUAUACUGAAGAUUAUCGUUCCUAGCCACUUCGCGCCAGAGAUGUUCUACAUGCUAUUGGUGGCAGUAUCACUUCUUUGUAGAACUUAUGCUGAUCUCUACAUGAUCAUCACUGCUACCGGAAUUGAGGCAUCUAUAAUCUCUCGCGAUAAGCUGCAGUUUCUGAUGAAAGUGGUGCAAUACGGAAUGGCUAUGCCAGCAAUUUCUGUGACGAACGCCAUUCUCAAGGCGAGAUGCUAA